GAGGGCGAGGGCUACGUCCACUACAAGGCGAUGAUGAUCAGUGUCGCGCUGCACGUCAUCCUCCUCAUGUUCGAGAUGCUCGUCUGCAACAAGCUGGAGAACGUGCACGACGCGCGGCAGCCGCUCUGGACCCUCGUCUUCAUCCCGCUCGUCUUCGUCAGCAUCAUCGCCAUCGCCGUCUGCAUCUGGGGCUUCCGGCACGACCGGGCGUUCGAGAUGGAGCUGUUCAGUUCCGUAAACAUAUUGCAGUUCAUCUUCAUUCCUCUGCGAUUGGACGAGAUCAUCGGAUGGAGUUGGGUGGUGAUAUUGAUUCCGACGUGGAUCGUGCUGUCGGUGGCUCUCAUCGGCGUGCUGUACGCCGUCAUCCUCGCCAUCGUGCUGCUCAAGUCACCCGACAUCAUCCCCGAGCAGCGGCGCGGCAACGUCUACUCAGCCGUCACCUACACGAUGCUCGUCAUUCCGCUCCUUGUCUGGCUGGUGAGUGUUCUUUAUGUUCAUACGGAUGGCUGGUGAGUGUUCUGUAUGUUCUUACGGAUG